GGUCUCCACUAUUCACUAUUGUUCGAGACGGCCGGUUUGUCUGCCGUGUGUGCGCCGUGUAUAAUAUUAUUGGACCGAGCGAGUGUUUUUUUUUUCUGUUGUGUGAUCUGCGCGUGUGUGUAUGAUAAUAUAUUCUGUGUGCGUGCGCGCGCGUGUUUGAACCCCGAGUUUAUUAAAUAAAUAUCACCACCGCGGACGGGCUCGUCUUUGCAGGUUUGUUUUCGAAAAUGUGGUAAAAUCUCAACGGUCGAUCACGAAUUCGAAACAGGAACCGUCACCAAAAAUCGUAUAAUAUCCCUCGUCGAAACACAACAUUAUCGUGUAGUGUGUUAUUGUUGUCACAUCGUGGUCUAGCUAACACCUACACCGAGUCAAACGCCGACCAAACACAACUCAACGACCAUGCCUUGUUCCGCAGUCACUCUUUCGCUGGCCACCAUCACGGCCAUCGUGGCCACGGCUUUACUGGCAAUCGCUUUUUCCACCGACAAUUGGGUGUACUACGAAGUCAGAAGGAAUCAAAUACAAAAUGCCGUUAACCAGCGUAGUCAAACUUCAGUACUCGAACAAAUGAACAAAUAUUUCUAUUUUACAAGAACGAAGGGUCUUUUUAGAAUAUGCUAUCCCAAGGACAGGCCACCAGCAGUUGAAACCUAUUUGAGUCCUGUCGAAACACAUUGUAUGAAUGUCGACUAUUUCUUCUUGGACCCGGAAAAUCAGACACAUGAGUUUUCUGAAGACGCCAUGACCAGAUUGCACAUGGGCAGAUCAACAAUCGCCUUAUUCAUAGUGAGCUUUUUCGUGAUGUUCAUUGCUUUUUGGACCGGAGUCGCUGGUUGCUGGAGAAGAUCGCCUGGAAAUAUCACGGCCACUGCAAUUUUAGUGCUAUUGGCAUGUUUACUUAGUGCUGGCGCAAUGGGAUUCUGGCACGGUGUGGAAUACUACGAAAAGGAACGUGUAGUAGGAGACGAAUUUUACCAACAAUGGAAUAGCAUUCUUAAGGACAACACUCGUAUAUCUUACGAUUGGUCGUUCUUCAUGGCGUGGACUGGCGUUGCAUUUUCUUUGGUGUCUGCUAUACUAUUUUCCGGCGCCGCAAUCUGUCUACGAGGCGAACGCGAAAGAGAAGAGGCUCUCAACAUGCAAUACUUAAUGCCUGUAUAUCCACAAAAACAACAAUAUGCUUACGCUGGAUACCCUACACCAAAUUCGUAUCCAUCGGGACCCUACUACCAUGGACAACAACAACAACAACAACAACAACCACAAUACGCCGGCCACUACAAUUACUAGGCAAAACGUUGUACAAGCUGUACCAGUCAGUUUAAAUUAUACAUUUUUUUGUCCAGCCAAUAUAAUAUUAUAUAAAUUCGACAAAAUCCGAAGACGUUUAUAGUUAUAUAUAUAUGCUUCUUUUGUAAAAUUGGCUGGACAUUAAAAAUACUAUUGUUUUACGACCGCACAUUUCUACGAGAUUUUUUCUGAAUAGGUACUCAACAUUUGUGUGAUCCUAAAACAAUAACUCGUAACUAAUUUAUAUUAUAUACGUUUCUAUAAGCUCAUAUAUUAUUAUACUUGACAGAAUACUCCACCUAAGUUGCUCAAAAAAAAAAUAAUAAUAAUAAUAAUAAUAAUACAUACAUACAUUUUUAACUAAUAUUAUGUUAUAUCUGUUUGGACUUAGUACUAAGGAUUUUUUUUUAUUUUACAAUUAUUACUUUAUUUUGUACAAUUUUUAUUUAUGCAUAAUCGUUGUAUAUUUAUUGAAAUCCCAUGUACCUACGCAUUUUUAGGUCUAAUAAAAUAAUUUUGAAUGUUUAGUUUUUAAUAAGUAAGUACUAAUAAUCUCAACAUGAUUGAAAUACAAUUUUUAGGCAAAUUGUAGAAAAUUUACAUGAAUAUAAACGAGUUGAUUCGUCCGAGUUAGAACCAUUUUAAGGAUCUCCAGUCAUUUUUAUUAUUAUUUUUUUUUUUAAAUUGUUUAUUUGUGUUUUUAAACAUUAUGAGUUUGCCAUACACAGAUAUUUCGUUAAAUUGGUCGGAAUCCGGCAAUUUAUUCACAAUAAUAUGUAAUUAAUAAUAUUUUCCAAUAAUUGUAAUUGUAUGCAAUUUUUUUCCAUGUCAUGAGUAUUAUAAUUUGAUAUUUAUUCUAAUAUUUUAAGAAAUAUUGGUGAGAUGUACAUUUUCAUUUAUUUUAAAUAAAUCAUUCUUCAGACCACCAUA